AUGAAUACAUUAUGUCAUAUUCUAUGUUAUAUAGUUUUAUAUCAAAUUCUAUGUAUUACAUGGAUUGGAAAAGUUGAUUCAGGUCAUUCAGAGAAACGUCUAUUAAAAUAUUUAUUUGAUCAAAAACGAUGGGAUGCCCACAAUCCAAUGGAACGUCCAGUUUCAGUAGAUGGUAAACCUGUACAAGUAUUUCUUAAAUGUUUCCUUAAUCAAAUAAUGGAUGUAGAUGAAAAAAAUCAAGUUCUAUCUACAAUCAUUUGGCUUGAUUUAAAAUGGUCAGAUUAUCAUUUCCAUUGGAAUGCUAGUGACUAUGAAAAUAUUCGACAGAUAAAUUUACCACCAGAGAGAAUAUGGAAACCAGAUAUUCUAUUAUAUAAUAGUGCUAGUGAAAAAUUUGAUCAAAUUUUUCCAACGAAAGUCAUUGUUAGAAAUACUGGAAAUAUUCAAUGGGUACCACCGGGUUUAUUUCAUUCUAUUUGUGAUAUUGAAGUGAAUUGGUUCCCAUUCGAUUCACAGAAUUGUAUAAUGAAACUUGGAACAUGGACUUAUCAAGGAAAUACAGUAGAUUUGAAAUUACAAUGUGAUAAUGAAACUGAAGAUGUGGAUCAACCAUGUCAUUAUAUGAAUGAUGUUGAUUUAUCGACUUAUUUAGCUCAUAGUGAAUGGGCUUUAGAAAGUGCUUCCAUUAAACGUAAUAUACAAACGUAUGGUGGUGAAGAUCAAACAUACAUUGAUGUUACCAUUUAUGUGUAUAUGCAACGUCGUGCAUUGUAUUACAUGUUCAAUAUUAUUAUACCAUGUAUGAUAAUGUCAAUGAUGGCAUUACUUGUAUUCACCUUACCACCUGAAGCCAAUGAGAAAAUUGUAUUAGGUGUUACCACUUUACUUUCGUUGACAAUGUUAUUACAAUUAGUAGCUGAUAAACUGCCACAAACAUCAUCAGGAAAUCCUGUACUUGUCUUAUAUUUCACAUGUACAAUGAUCCUUUGUUCACUUUCAUUGGUAUGCGCUGUGGUUUUGCUAAAUUGUCAUCAUCAUACAGGAGGUAUUGUUUAUGUACCAUGGUGGAUUGAAACAUUAAUCAAUAUAUGGUUAGCAAGUAUUCUAAGAAUUGAUCAUGAUCUAUCGGAUCCUAACAAUAACGAUAAUAAUGAUAAUCACCAUGGUGAUAAUAAUAAUAAUAAUAAAACGGAACAAAAUUUAAAAAAUUCUAAAGAAAAAUUAAUCCCUAGUGAAAACUCUUUUCAAUUAGAUCAAUAUGAUUAUGAUAAAAUCAAUCAUCAUAUACACCUUAAUCAUUCAUAUAAUAAUAAUAAUAAUAAUAAUAAUAAUAAUAAUAGUAAUGGUAAUGGUAAUGGUAAUAAUAAUGUAAGAAAUGCUACAGUUUGGUCCAAUAUCAUUGAUAUGAAUUCGGAAUUUCGUCCAGCAAUUGUCAUACAUAAACCAUUCAAACAUGAUAAUAAUCAUAAUAGUAAUAUGAAAAAAUCUUUAUUCAUAAAUCAAAUCAAAUUGAAAUCGGAAUUACAAAGUAGAAUUCAACAAAAUUAUUUCAUUGAUCUAGAUCUGGAUUAUGAUCGUGAUUGUUGUGAUCAACAUCGAUUAUCAACAGAUUUAUUAGGUAAACCAUUGAAUAAUAUGCCUUAUCCUACCACUAAUACUAAUACAAUACUAGAGGAUAAAGGGAAUAGUCGAACAAAUGGAACUAGUCGAUUACAAUAUACAUGCAAACGAAAUUUAACUGAAAAGUCAAAAUAUUUCAAUAAAACAAUUCCAAGAUUUCAUUUAUCAUCAUCAUCAUCAUCAUCAUCAUCAUCAUCUAAUGAAUCUCCACAUGAUUCAUCAUUAUCUUCAUCACCAACACCACUACCACCAGCAUCGUCGUCGUCGGCGGCGGCGGCGUUGUCAUCAUCAUCAUCAUCAAGAUCCACAGUAUUUUCAUCUCCAAAUAGAAUUACUGAUCCAAGUAGUUCUAGUCCAUUCAAACAGAAUCAUAAUAAUAAUAAUGAUUCUAUGAAUUUUGAUAUAAUCCUAUUAAAAUUAAAACAAAUUUCUAAUGAAUUACGUUUUAUUACAUCCGAUAUGCAUAAUAAAGAUAAAGAGAUAAAAACAUCAAAUCAAUGGCGUUUAGCAUGUCGUGUAUUAGAUCGUUUAUGUUUAUUAAUAUUUACUGCAUUAAAUUUAUUUACUACAUUAGGGAUAUUAACAUCAGCACCAACUGUGAUUAAAGCAUUCACAUCAAGAGGUGCACCAUCACAACCAAUGUAA